CCUUCCCACCUCCCUUUCCUCGAAGCGGUACCUCUCUCUCCUUAUUAAUUCCUGUUCUUUUUCUCUAAUCCAAGGAGCCAUGAAGCUCUCCGUCGGAACCAUCUUUGGCUCCUACAAGAAGCCUUCAAAGAAGAAGAGCCGUUCGAUCUCUCGCAGCGACGCUUCUUUCGCCUCCACCGCCACCUCGUCAUCCGAAGACUCCACCUCCUCCCGCCUCCGGUCCACCCCCCGCUCCGUCCUCCCCCCUCCCGCCGGCAAGACUCCCUCCUCCUCUGGAUCCGACGACCUCUGGCUCCUCUCCCCCGCCUCCUCCUCCGUCUCCGACCUUUUCGCCGUCUUCGACCGCGACGGCGACGGCAAGAUCACGCCGCACGAGCUGGAAGCCGUCCUCCGCCGUCUCGGCGGCGUCGAUCCGCCCACCGAGGAGGAGGUAGCGUCGAUGGUGGCGGAGGUCGACCGCGACGGCGACGGGUGCAUCAGCUUGGAGGAGUUCGGCGCGAUCGGAACGGCCUUCGGGCCACCUGCGGGUGCGGAGCUCCGGGAGGCCUUCGCUGUCUUCGACGCCAACGGCGAUGGCAAGAUCUCGGCGGAGGAAUUGCUCGGGGUGUUCAGCACGCUGGGGGACGAAGGGUGUACGCUCGAGGAUUGUCGUCGUAUGAUCGGUGGGGUCGAUACGGACGGCGAUGGAUUCGUGUGCUUCGAUGAUUUCGUCCGCAUGAUGGACGGCCGGAGAUGAUAGAUUAAUGCUGAAAUGAUCGUGUCGCAUCUCAUAUGACCAGAUGAAGUCAAAGAAAGGAAUCGGCGGUGAUGAUGGAUGGUCUUGUUUUUUGGUUUUCUUUUCUCGAAGAAGAAAAGAAAGAAGUUAUAAUUUUGUAAUUACCUUCUCUAUAAAAAUCAACUCAACCGUGGGCUUAUCUUUAUUAACACAAGUUUCUUUUGUUCUAGACUGUUCUUCGGGACUUCUAAAAAUAUCUGAUUUAGGCUUUUAUUUAUAUAUAUUUUAUUUUCUU